UCCAAUUUGAGUUGAGCCCCACUUUAACACAACUACUUAAUUCAUUACCACAAAUCGCUUUUUGAUUGUUUUAACAUGUACAUGUUUCAUACUAACAAAAUUACCACCCAAUACCUGCUAUGUGUGCUACCUUUGUGAUAAUGAAAUUACUACCAUGCUAAUAUAAUUUUCCGUUUGUUUAUACUUACAGCUUAUUAUAAAGACAAGGUGUUCCUUUAGGAAAUUUGUUUCCUUGAUUGGUGAAUUGACUCAAGACCAAUGUGAUGCAAUCAAAGCAUGUAAUCCAUUCCAUUCAUUACUUCAUGUGAAGUGUGGCCAUCUGCAUAGAGUCUUUGCUAUGCAUUUGGUCCAAUGUUUCAAUCCAGAAACUUGUAGCAUCGAAUUUAGGAGGGGCCUAAUUGUUCAUAUUACCGAAGAAGAUGUUGCAAGAGUUUUAGGGAUGCCAAUAGGGGACACACCCGUGCCUACGGAAUGCCUUGAAUUACACAGAACAAAAAUUGAAGAGGACUUUAAGGGAGGUUUUAAAGGGAUUGAAAUCGUGAAAUUGGAAAAUGUGAUUAAGGAAGGCGAUACUGAUGGGAAGUUUCAUAGGGCUUACAUUCUAUUUACAUUAGGAUGCUUGUUGUGCCCCACCACAAAGGAAGUUGCGGGGAAUAGAUUGUUCCCUGGGGUGAUUGCCGAUGACCUUGAAACCUUAAAGACGUAUAAGUUGCCGGCCUUUGUGUUGGAUUGGUUGGUGAACGAGAUUCGAAAUUAUAAGGUUCGGGUAACCAAAGGUCGUGGACGGAAGGCGGAAGGAGUUGGUGGUAGUCUGUUCCUUUUGAUGGUCAUAUAUUUUGACUUACAUCCGUUGGAUGUUGAAAUUGGGAAGGAACCUGAGCCUCCUAUUGGCUUAUGGACAAAGGAAUUGAUCGAUAUUCGCAUUUCCAAAGAGGCGGAGGACAAGCCAUUUAAGGAUUAUUUUUUUUCUCAAUUCCCUCCCUAUAAUUUGAAAAUUCAGGUGAUGGUAUUGGCUUAGUUUCAAUAUUUCAUAUAUUCAUGGUUCUUUUAGAUUGCCUCAAUUAGUUUUCACAUAUGCUCAUAUUUUGGUUUAUCUUAUACCAUUUCAGAUCUGCAUUGAUAUGUACAAAGAUUUCAUGCGUCAAUUUAUGAAUAACUUAAAAAGGUUGCAUGAAAUGGAUGCUGCUAUGGGUGAGCCUGUCGUUGGAAGCCCUGUUCUUCGAAGCCCUCAAGAUGGUCCACGGGCAGAACCUGUAGAAGAUGAAGGCCAUUCGCCACAAUUUAGUGGAAAUUUUGAACUACAUGAA